AUGCUUCGCUCAAGGUCAAACUCAUCAUACUCCCUGCAAGACCUAUCUACUCGUCCCCCAUCCCUUCGCCCUUCUCAGACAUCGGAUGGAAACGCAAGGCCCCGAAACAGCAACACCUCCGCGCGUGGAGAUGUCGCCGCUGCGCCGCAGAAUGAGGAGGAGGAGCAGAGGUCGAGGCUGGGGAGGUUCUGGCACGACCAACGAGAGAACGUUUCUGGGUUAUCUUCGCACAUCAGUCGCAAUGUCAAUGGUUGGAACGUUGGUUGCGCAGCUGUUUUCACUGCAGCACGAGGGCCAACAUCAGGCAUUUGGAUACUUCGUCACGGGGAAGCCUUUGGCGAUGACUUGUUAUUCCUUCUCGAUUGGGACGAUACUUCUCGGUGCUGUGCGGACUUGGAGACAUCAACGGACUAUGAUGGGUGGGAAGGCGUUGGUUGGAGGGUUUGA